AUGGCCUUCUUUCCCGAACUCAGCCUGGGGCUUGCCUUCACUUUAAUCAGCUUAGCACCAAUGGUCCCGGAUUGGAUUAGCCGAAAAAACGAGCCAAAAAUAAAGCCUAAGGACUUAUGGGCCGAAUACACCAAAGGAGGCAAUACCGAGAAAGCCGAAUACAUUACCGUCUCCGCCAGCGGCACCAACGCAAUCUGCAUCACAGCUGUCGUAGUCACACAUCCGUCAUCAUCUGAUACCUACGCUUUCUUACCCGGCGAGGUCGCCAUUGGCUCAAAUGGGAAUGUUCAGGAAGGGCGACUGAGGUGUCUAUGGAUAGAUAGACUGGACAACAAUGGUAUCAGCGCAACGCAUAUCCAAGGAUUCCAGGUUCACCUCCCCGACUUCAAGCUUGACACGCCACCUUUAGCGUCUGGCAGGGGGAUCCUGGCCAGAUGUGUGACUCUCUGGCUCAAUUUGGAGCGUAUGAUACCAUCAACGAAGUGGUACAAUAUCGCCACAAUGUACGGCCUCUGGUGUAAAGAGGAUUGGUUCGACACUUUGCAUAAGACCAAUUGCUUUCCGCAGAGACCAAGUGGUUUUGGAGAGGGGGGCGAGGUCAGGGUAAUUGUCGCAGAAGCCACUAGCAAUGGUAAGACCCGAAAAUACUAUAAGAAGUUUACUGUCCGGGAGUGUCAUAGCAUUCAUGGUCAUUGGUUUUACCGGCUGGAUGAUCUCACUGGAAUGGCGCACGAGGGAGGCAAAUGA